UUGAAAUCCAAUUAAAUAACUUAAAUAAAUAAUUAAUAAGAGAUUUGACUCUGUAAGUGUUUGCCUCAGUGAUAGGAUUUCUCCUAAAACUUGUUGACAAAAUACUCGAAUCUGUUUUUUUUGGUGAAAUUGAGAAAAUACCCAAUUCAGCUGUAGACAUACAGAUCAUUUAUUUAGUACAAGAAAACAUCAAACAUUAGUUUUUUUUUUUUUUUUGCUGCAAUGAGCUCUUCACGUGUGCAGCCAUUAAUGAAUGUUGUUAGAGUUAAGGGAGUUCCAAUUCUGCAGCAAUUGCAUUUAGAGGAGCGGUUACUGAGGACUUCAUCUCAGAAUUGGUGUAUUGUUAAUGAUGGAACCAAUGAGCCCACCAUUGUCAUGGGGAUUUCAGGAAAACCAGCUGAACUUGUUGAAAUCGGUUCCGUUUUGAAAGACAAGAUUCCAGUAAUUAAGAGGUUUACUGGAGGAGGCACUGUAAUUGUCGAUCAUCAGACAGUUUUCAUCACCUUCAUAUGCAACACAGAUGCUCUCCCUAGUGUACAACCAUAUCCUAGGCCCAUCAUGUCAUGGAGCGGCCAGCUAUACAGCAAAGUGUUUCAAGGAGUUGGGGAUUUCUCUCUUCGUGAAAAUGACUAUGUUUUUGACAACCGCAAGUUUGGGGGAAAUGCUCAGUCUAUCACAAAAGGGCGUUGGGUUCAUCAUACGUCCUUUCUGUGGGAUUAUGAGAUGGAGAAUAUGGCUUAUCUCAAACUUCCAAAACGAGCUCCUGACUAUCGACAGGCAAGAGACCAUUUGGACUUCAUCUGCCGCAUGAAGGACUAUAUAUCUCGGCAAGAAUUCAUUAAUAGAACCAUAUCUGCACUUGGUAGCCAAUUUUCUGUAACUUCUAUGGAGCUUGAAUCACUCGAUGCCCACGAUGCUAUUCCUAAUGGUCAACUUGGUCUUAAUGUGAUUCAAAGACGUUAUGCCAAAGUUUCCACUGGAGACGCUGCAUCUGUUAGCAGAUUUAUUCCACCUGAGGACUUCAACCUUGCUUUGCUUAUCCUUGACUUGGAGUUUGUGAAAAAAGGGACCAAAGAUGAGCAGGUGGAUGCAGUUUCUUUGGCCAAUCUAGUUCGCAAAAGAUUUGCCAAUCAGAUUAUGACAAUUGGGCAAAAGGUGACAUUCGAGUAUCAUGUGGGUUAUAUGUUCGCCGUGAAUCAAGCUACUGUGGAGGGGCAAGAAAAAUCUAAUAUUGAAAGAGGGAUGGUUUCAGCUGACACGUGCAUUAUGUUUGAAGCCGCAAACUCAAGUGGAAUAAAGAUUGUCAACCAGUGGGAAGCUGCUAGCAGCAGCAUCUUUUGGCAGAAAGAAUUCAAUCUUCAGUCAUUGGGUAUAGGUGGUCUGGGUGCAGAGUUUUCUGAUAUUUUUCGAAGAGCUUUUGCUUCCAGGGUUUUCCCUCCACAUGUGACAAGCAAGCUUGGUAUCAAGCAUGUUAAAGGAAUGCUGCUCUUUGGACCUCCUGGUACAGGAAAGACUCUAAUGGCUCGGCAGAUUGGAAAAAUGCUAAAUGGCAAGGAACCUAAGACCAAAUGGCAUUGUGAUUGUGAUGAUCGACAUCAGCACAUUUACCGAAGAACUAUGCUAUUGGCAGAACAAGUUAAAGUCAUCAGGGGGAGCCCCCUUAUUACUUGUCUUGUGGAAGGCCCAAGUGGAAGUGGCAAGACUGCAAUGGCAGCAACAGUUGGAAUUGAAAGUGAUUUUCCCUAUCUCAAGAUAAUUUCUGCUGAAACUAUGAUUGGGCUCAGCAAAAGCAGCAAAUGUUCUCAGAUAGUCAAGGUGAGUUGGAAAGGAGGGAGGAGGGCGAGGCAAGACUUUCUCCCGUUUAUCUCGAACCCGUGAAAUUCUCUGGUUCUUUUGCUCCACUGGAAGGAAAGGGUAAAAAGUUCUUGUGAUUGGAACUACUAGUGGAGUCAGUUUCUUGGACUCGGUCGGCCUUUGUGAUACUUUCUCAGUCACAUACCACGUUCCAACACUAAAGACGGAAGAUGCCAAGAAGGUGAGUGAUACAAGCACGGCCACGAUGAUGGAGGUGUACAAGUGUGUCAAGAGUCCACCUGAGCUAAGACAUUGUUGAAGUGUGAAAGGAAGGCUUAAAAGGGCACCAAAACAGUCCACACCAUACACUUGAUCGGCGCCCCACUCUUUGAGGGGCCUUUUGGUCAUUUUACACUUUAUUUUGUAAUACACUAUAUAUAGAACCUUGUAGGGUUUCAUUAGUUUGUUUUUUUGAUGAUUUUGUAAGUCAUAAGACACAAAGAAACACAAGUCCUCUCCCUUUGGAGGCACAAAACCGAAACUAGGUUUCAACUUGAGUAUGGAAUCACUCGUGUUGGAUUGUUGGCUUGAUACAUUGGUGUUGAGAGGAGGUAAAAGUCCUCCUUGUGUCAAUGUAAGAACUUGGUGUUAGUUUACAUGUUUUUAGGGGUUUUUGAGUUUAAUAUAGUUUCUAUCU